AUGGAAAGUAUCUCGAACCAAAGUGACUUGUUGUGGCCAUUCAACGAGUCGUGGAAGAACUCGAGUCUCCCUAACGGCACCUUCGGGUUGAAUCAGACGAAUCCUCUGAAGCGCAAUGAGGAGGUGGCGAAGGUGGAGGUGACCGUGCUCGCCCUGGUGCUGGUCCUGGCGCUGGCCGGGAACCUGUGCGUCCUGCUGGCCAUCCACACCACCAAGCACAGCCAGUCGCGCAUGUACUACUUCAUGAAGCACCUGAGCAUCGCCGAUCUAGUUGUGGCGAUAUUCCAAGUUCUGCCUCAACUUAUCUGGGACAUCACUUUUCGCUUCUACGGCCCGGACACCUUGUGCAGAUUGGUGAAAUACGUGCAGGUCGUCGGGAUGUUCGCGUCCACGUACAUGUUGGUGCUGAUGUCUGUAGACAGGUGCCUGGCCAUUUGUCAGCCUCUCCGCUCCCUGCACCGGAGGAAAGACCGUUUCUAUGUGAUCUCCUCCUGGCUCCUGAGUCUGCUGUUCAGCGUCCCCCAGAUGUUCAUCUUCUCCCUGCGAGAGGUGGGCUCGGCCGGAUCAGGGGUCUACGACUGCUGGGGGGAUUUCGUGAAGCCCUGGGGAGCCAAGGCGUACAUCACCUGGAUCAGCCUGACCAUUUACAUCAUCCCCGUGGCCAUACUGAGCAUUUGCUACGGUUUGAUAAGCUUCAAAAUCUGGCAAAACUUCAGACUGAAAACCAGACGGGAGCAGUGCAUAAGCCUGACGCCCAAAUCCUCCAAAGGCAACACGCUGGCCCGUGUAAGCAGCGUGAAGCUCAUCUCCAAGGCGAAGAUCACCACGGUGAAAAUGACUUUUGUAAUCGUCCUGGCUUAUAUCGUCUGCUGGACCCCCUUCUUCUCUGUCCAGAUGUGGUCUGCGUGGGACCCAGAGGCGCCUCGUGAAGCGAUGCCCUUCAUCAUCUCCAUGCUACUCGCCAGCCUCAACAGCUGCUGUAACCCCUGGAUCUACAUGUGCUUCGCCGGACACCUGUUCCAGGAUCUUAGGCAGAACUUUCUGUGCUGCUCCACUCGCUACCUCAAGUCAUCCAAGUGCCGCUGUGAGCCCGACUUUGACUCCAGUCACAAGAGCAACUCCUCAACGUUUGUCAUUAAGAGCACCAGCAGUCAGAGGAGCCUCACACAGACUUCUAGCACAUAA